UUGUUUUUCUCGUACUUCAAGGAUUUGGUGGGCAGAGAGGUGACGGUCGAGUUGAAGAACGACCUAGCGAUUAGAGGAACUUUGCACUCUGUCGAUCAAUAUCUCAACAUCAAACUUGAAAACACGAGGGUUGUUGAUCAAGACAAAUACCCUCAUAUGCUUUCAGUGAGAAACUGUUUUAUCAGGGGGUCGGUGGUGAGAUAUGUUCAACUUCCGCCAGAUGGUGUUGAUAUCGAGCUCUUGCAUGAUGCCACAAGACGCGAGGCUCGGGGUGGCUAAUGUCAGUUAGUUUGAAAGCUUGUUUGGAAUUGCAUCAUAAUUGAUGGUGCACCUUUCCUUCAGUAUACACUGCGAGACUAUUAGAAGUUUGUACUUUGUAGUUGCUACACUUUAUUCUAUGGAAAGAAUCUAAUGACAUUCUUAUUAACAUGUGUAAGUGAAACCAAAGCGGAGGUCUCAGAGUUCGAGUUUGGUUGUGAAUGCAUAUAACAGAUUCGAGGUAUAAGAGUUUGAACUUCUGACCUCAUGCAAAGGAACAUGUGUCAGUUGAGUUAUGUUUAUGUUGACAUA